AUGGACGAGUGUUUCGAUUUACUUGAAUGUGCGACUUCUGCGGAUAUCCCAUUUAUGAAAACAAAAAUUUAUCCUUAUGAUCCUUUGGAAUCGUUAGCUGAUAAUUUAGAAACAAAGAUGAAAGCUGCUGGGUUUAGAAUUUUAAUUUCAUCGCAAUCUUGUAAUCAGCCUUCCACUAGUGCUGAUAGUAUUUCCAAAGAUUCUACCUUCGAUUCAAGGAUUCGUUAUUCAAAUCUGGUUACAGAAUUAUUUAGCACGAUCUGUAACCAUAUUAAAAAUUGCAAAGUCGAUGAUUCAUCGAUUGUUUUAUCAGUGAAGAAAUUGAAUAAUAUUUCUUCAGCUCUUCAGUUUUUUAUUGCAACAGCAGUUUUGCCAUACCUCGAUGAAGGAGUCGGCACUCCCAUGGAGUUACGAUCAAAUCUUAUUCAAUUUUGGAAACCACUUCGCAAUGAUUCGGAAUUUCGCAUAAAACAAUUAAUUUCUGCAGCAAACACUUUUUUUCUGUUGCUUGAAUCGUGCGAUUCGGUGAAAAUGCUUAUUAUAAAUAAAUUUUUAUGUGAUGUAAUAUGUGUGAACGAACAGCUAAUUGAAUUGAAUGAAAUGUCACUACUAAAUAAAUAUGAAGAAUUUCUUACAAAUGAAGUCUUCAGGCCAAUACUGAUUCGCGCAUUUUUUACGGUCAUCAAUGGGUAUUCUUUAAAGCAAAAACGCAUUGAUUCACCUAACUGGUUAAAGGAGAUGAUUAAGGAUUGUGGGCAGAGAUUUCGGGAAUUCGGCAGCAUUCAGUUAGAAAAUCGUAGACGUUCACUUAGCGGGAAACUAAGCAAAUUAUGCGCGAAACCAAAUGGAAUUUAUCACCUAGCAACAUCAUUAAUUCAAGACAAUUUCGAUCUUUUCGAUAAUUUUGCAUUUGUUCAUUCGCUAGCUCGAGUUAUUCUUACUAGACCUCGUAACGUGAAAAAUUAUUAUGCAAAUAUUCUCAAACAGUUUAUGAAAGUGAUGCAGUAUCAUCCAUCUGCUGAACGUCUUUCGGUAUGGUUUGCUGUAACUGUGGAUAUAGCAGCAGAAUUUGCCUCUCAUACCGUUACAGUUCAUAUUUUUGAUAUUUUAUUACAUCCAUGGGAGGCCUUAUUACAUCGCUUAUUUAAUGAUUUCGAUCGGGAAGAUUUUUGGAACAGUCAGUUGGAUUGUUCUCUCAAGGUAUUAUCGAUAUAUUUUGCGAAAAUGCCGCCUGGAUUGAAAUAUCGGGAGAAAAGUCGAUUAGAAAAACUUUUUUGUCUGUGGUUGACACUAUAUGGGAAAGGUAAGAAUAGCUUACGAAUAAUUGAAACUGAUAAUAUAGCACUUAAAGAGAAAUAUGGGAAAUUUAUAAAUGCUAUUGAGAAAAUUCUCAAAUACGUUCUUAUUCAUCAUUCCACCGAUUACAAAGAACAGGCGGAAUUUAUUAUAGAUCAAAUUCUUAAUAAAAAUUCGCUAUGUGAAUUAUUGUUGGUAGAAUUUAAUUGCAAAAAAUUAAUUGUGGAAGUUUCUGAUUGUGAUGUUGGAAAUCAAUCUUUGAAUCCGUCUUUCGAUUACGUAAUUUUAAAGCGAAUAACUUCAGAAACUGCUGGUCAAAAUUUCAAUUUGGAUUUUCGACUCAAGACAGUGAUUGAACUUGUCCAAAGACUGGAAAAUUCGCAUUAUCAAACCUUAAUUUUUAAUUUACUCAUACUUUGCGUGAAAGAAUGGCGGGUUAAUAGCAUAGACGAAUUAGAACCAGAUACUAACCGAUUUGUCGUGCAAGAAAAUGAAGUUAUAAAUAAUGCUACAAGAAAGAUGAGUAUGCAAUAUAUUAUGGGCCAAUUGUAUUCAUUUUUACCUGAUAUAGACGAUGAAUCUGAAGAAAAUAUUGCUUCCAUGGUAGCAUUCGCCCAAGCCAUUUUCGACUCUACAAACAAUAAACUGUCUGCUUUUUCUCCUAUGCAACUUGAUGUUUUUGCUGAAGAUUCAUCUGAUGAACUUACUGAAACGGAGCGAAAUAGUAUUAAAAUGGCGAUGGCAAUAAUUGGCGGGACUUGUAUUUCACUUCAUUCAUCGAAAUUACGAAAUGCUGUUGUUCCACUGAGUGAAAGUCUCAAUAUUUUUUGUCAUUUGGUAGAACAGAUAGAUAUAAAGCGUAAAACGAAAUAUGCUGAGCUAUACGAUAAUGCCAAACAACUUUUGGAUUAUUUCUGUAGUACUGGAAUCCACUUGAACAUAUCGUCUCCUUUUACAUUUGAUAAAAAUAAUGAAAAAGCAAAGAAUUUAAUGAUCUGGAAAAAUGUGGACGAUUUGGCGGAAAUUUUCGAAAAUUUAAAAGAUUCAUCGGAAGCUAUAAGGGGCCACGCUUUAAUUAUAUUGGCAAGGGAUGUUCGACUGCGAAAACGGGUGACACUAACUGCUGUAGAAUCCAAUUCUCAAAUAAUGAAAUUAAUUAUGAAAAAUGUUACUGACAAUGAUUCUUAUGUAUAUUUGGCUGCGAUUGGAGCUAUGGCAGAAUUAGCAUAUUGGAAAGAUUAUUUUUUUAAUGAGAUGGUUGAAUUUUUCGUUGAUCCUUGCGACAAAUUACGAGAUAUCAUUGACCAAGAUUUCGAUAAAGAUGACGAUAAAGAAGUAUUUUUAUUGAUUCAACGAGUAAAAGUUGGCGAAGCCUUGGGAAAAGUUUGCAGAGCGCUCGGUGAUAUGGCUCCGUGGUAUUAUGACCGUCUUAUUGAUCCACUGUUAUCUUUAAUAGCCCAUGUCGAUGACGAACAUCUGAGAGCUUCAGCCAUAUGUUCAUUAGCUGAUUUAAUUAAAGCAUGUCGAGGACGAAAGAUUGAAAAGAAUAUAGAUGAGGCAUAUUUUUAA